AUGUCCCUUGAGAUUCACACCCGAGACGAUGAAGGUUUGCCUCUAAUUCUGCGGCACGAUGGCGAAGAGCCCCUGUCUGCGCGCAGGCCCUCCCCGUGGUGGGUGCUAUCCACUAUCCCACUAGCCAAGAUAGCCACAACUAUGACUCUGGCACCCAAGAUCGAGCUCUACACUACGAUUGCUUGCAACGACCUAGCCAUUAUGGAGGGAUGUGCCUCGAACCCAGCCAUCCAAGUCUUGGUGGCUCAGCUGAACACAGCUGAAUACACCGCGAUUGGGGUCCUAUCAGUUUUAACGACGGCACUCUGGGCAUCGUACUCUGACCGGAAAGGAAGGACGAUUGUGCUGGCCAUAGCCGGCUGUGGGAUGCUCCUUUCAGACCUUGUCUACAUCCUUGUUUCUACAUUCUGGAAGUCACUUCCAGGAAAGUAUUGGCUGUUCGUCUUUGGUCCAGUGUUCGAGGGCGCUCUUGGAGGCGCCUCCUGGGUCGUUGGCCUAAACGCGUAUGUUGCUGACACUACAUCGGAAACAGACAGACCUCGUAUACUUUCAAUGUCACUGGGUAUGCAAUUUGGAGCCAUGGCACUGGGUCCAGUUGUAGGGUCACUAGCAAUGAAAGCUAGGAGCGGACUCGUUUCCGCUUUCUAUGCUGCUGCCCUCCUCCAUGCCGCUUUCAUAGUUUGCACUUGGCUCAUAAUUCCGGAAUCCCUCCCCGCUGUUAGAUCAGAUUCCAAGCUGCAUUCCAGGGUCGACUCAUUCCAUACAUCUCCAGGGCAGCACCUGUGGUAUCUGGUGUCUGCGCCCUUCAAACCUCUCGGUAUACUGCUUCCAACGGUCUAUGGCUCUGGCAGUAGGGAUUGGAGCUUACUUCUCCUUGCAGCAAGCUUCGGGUUUCUGUAUCUGAUUUCAGCAGACGUUCCCUACAAAUUCAUUUAUGCGGCAGCGCAUUUCGGCUGGUCCGCGAAGGAGAAUAGUUCCUGGCUCAGUGUCGCAGCAGCAGUCCGUGCACUCUGGUUGCUGGCUGUUCUUCCCUGGGGGUUGUCACUCAUCAAGAAUAAACCUAGGGCUCCACGAUGCACAACGGAGCCGACUGCCAAUAGCGAACCAUAUUUCCUCUCUGAUAUUGCACUCGCGAAACGGUUCUUGAUUGCGGAAGUCGUCGCAUAUGCAACAAUGUUGAUGUGGCCCUCCGCGUUCUCGUUUUACGCUGUGGGCAUCUUGGGCGCGAUAGGCGCUGGCUUCCCUCCCCUGAUCGAAAGCGUCAUGCUGUCGGUGUAUGAGCGAAACUAUCCAGGACAGGGGGAAGUAGGCAGGCUACUCGGGGCCCUUGGCGUCGUGCAGACCUUGAGUGCCCAACUCAUCUCGCCUCCACUAUACGGCUUUGUGUAUAUCACUGCCGUUAGGACGUAUCCUCCUGCUAUAUUCGCCACCUCGCUCACGGCGUUCGUCCUCUCGUCAGAGCGAGCAACGAGCGAGCAACCGUACGUUACCCAGGCGAACAGUCUAAUUUUACCGGAUGGACCGGUGAACGAAGAGGCAGCUGAAUUGCUGGAAGAGUUUGUCGGGACGCAUCAUCACGAAGGGGCGGGGCUCAUUGGUGACGAGGCGGACGAUGGCGAGCACGAUGAGUGGAAGGAUGUACCAUGGUGGAAGAGGCCGUCACCUCUGUGGCUGCUGUGUAUGGUCCCGUUUUCAGCGUUGGCACAAUCGUCGAUGCUGGCACCCAAGGUCGAGCUGUUCACUAUGCUCGCAUGUCGCGUCCAUAAACCGGAUAUAUACGAUGGAGGACUUUUGCAAGCGUCGCCUGCCCAGAUACCGGAAACCUCUGCAGCAUCCCUGAUAGCAUCAGUCGUCCUCCCUGAAGUGACAAAGUUUGACCAUUUGACCGCUCCAAAUCCAUGUGCUACCGACCCAACUGUUCAGGCAGCGGUUGCAAAGCUAUCCGCAGCUAUGACGACGACUAUGGGCGUCCUCUCCUUGUUAACCACGGCUUGGUGGGGUGCUCUAUCCGACCGCAAAGGACGUGUUUUUGUCAUGGGUGUCUCCCUUAUUGGCCUGCUGCUCUCUGACUUCAACUAUAUCAAUGUGUACUAUUUCUCGCAACAUCUCCCUGGAGGAUACUGGUUCCUAUUGUUGGGACCGGUCAUUGAAGGGGCACUCGGAGGUUUCGCGACUGCCGUGGCUGCUAUACACGCCUACCUCGCUGACACAACUACCGAGAGCACAAGGGCGAGAAUAUUCUCUUUAAACCUCGGCCUCUUAUUUGUGGGCAUGGCCCUUGGGCCGACAGUUGGCUCGCUCCUCAUUCGCCAGACCGGUCACAUAAUUGCGAUCUUUUUCAUGGCCGCCACUAUCCAUUGCGUAUACGCACUGUUCAUCUGGGUAAUCCUCCCCGAAUCGCUGUCGAGAAGGAAAAUGAAACGUUCACGGCAACUGUACGAACGUGAAACGGAGGAACUAGCUGCUGAAACAGAAAUGAGUCGUUCAUUCCCCAGACUUCUGGCUUACAGGUUCAAAUUGCUCUUCCGGUUCCUGAGGCCCCUUACGAUCUUCUUCCCCGAUUUCAAGCCCAGUCAAAACCCGUUGAAAAAGCCAAAACGGGAUUGGAACUUGACGUUGAUGGCGGUUGGAUAUGGAUUUACUAUCUCUAUGAUGGCGCUAUACCCUUUUACUUUCCAGUAUGCAGCAGCUACGUUCUCAUGGACUUCUGUGCAGCUGGGCUAUUUCCUCAGCAUAGUCGGCGCUGGCCGUGCCGUACUCCUUACCAUCAUUUUGCCUGUCAUCAUUAGGUUGUUCAAGCCUGAGCCUCUGGUCAUCGAGAUACCACAGUUUCCGACGGAGAGAGACCCGUUACUUUCGAACUUUGAAAACCCCGCUGGAGCAUCACCAAGACCCGCCAAACCGCCUUUGAAGAAAGAGCUCCAUUCCCCAUCGUUCGAGCUGGGCGUCGCUCGGGUAUCUCUGGUAAUUGAGAUCAUCGCCUACAGUCUCAUGGGCCUAGCGCCCUCCGGAACGACCUUUGCGAUAUCCGGAGUAAUGGCAGCCAUGGGAGUUGGGUUCAGCCCAGCCGUCCAAACCUGUACCCUGGCAAUGUACGCGAGAAGGGGUGGAACUGAGACAGGACGGCUGUUUGGUGCACUCAGCGUUAUCCAGGCCCUGGGCUCUCAGGUCCUGGGCCCGCCCAUCUACGGCCUUGUGUACAUGAAGACCGUCGAGUUCUUCCCUGGGGCCAUCUUCUUUGUUGCAGUAUCUGGAAUGAUUGUUUCUUUCGUCCUGUUCACGUUUAUUCGGCUUCCCAAAGAUGCUGAAUUACGGAGGGAUAUCAUCGCUGCAUAUUCCAGCUCGGAAAAUACUGAGCGACCGGUAUCAGCGGAUAGCACCAGUGGUACUGGUGUUAUCGGCGACAGAGAUUGACCGGAUGGCGUCUAAAGAUGGGAUUUCUCUGGUUUCCUGGUGUGGGUUUGGUAUGGAAACAUAUAGGUAGUGUUCUGCAUUUUGUAUAGGGUACAUGCGGUUUAAUCUUUUUUUCGCGCUGUUCG